UUUAAACGCGGUUCAUCUCCAGCUGAACUCUCUGAUGUCUGAUUUUUUUCCUCUGGAACCCAAACGCCUCUCUAACUUUCAGCUUCGUUCUUCCAAGGCUGUGGCGCAGUUUACUUCCUCCGCUUCGUCCUCCGUGUGAAGGUGGAGUUCUGACUGGUUCCAGGAAACAGAUCACCUGUCUGAGCGUCCAGGAGUGGACUGGAAACUUUUUUCCUUCUUCAGCGCUUUGAAUAAAGUGUGAAGGUAGAAAGUGUGUGUGAGCUGCUGUGAGUUGAGCAUCAUGGCUGAGUGUGAAGACAGAGAGGAGGGAGUCCCUCCCUCUAAAAGCUCUCUGUGUGGGGAACAGGAGAACCAGAGCAAAGCUCAGAGGAAUCCACCUGGACCUGGAUCUGGAUCCAGCUGUGUGUCCAUAAAGAGUGACUGGUCUAAGGUUCAAUCUGUUGAUUUUAAAGGAGAACCAGGUCCUGCUGCAGAGGGAGUGGAGCAGCAGAACUCGGAGGUUCCCAGUGCUCAGUCUGACCAGCAGCAUCACCUGGACUCCAUAUUCAUGCUGCUGGAGGAAAACAUGGUGACUUUUGUGAAGAAGGAGCUGAAGAAGAUGCAGAAGCUUGCGAGUCCAGAUUACCCAAAAUGCUCCUCAGAGAGUCAGAGGGAGGAUGAGGAGGAGUUGGAGGGUGAUGAUGAGAGGAGCAGCAGAGAGAUGUUUCAGCAGAUCACAGUGUUGUUCCUGAGGAAGAUGAAGCAGGAGAAGCUGGCUGACUGUCUGCAGAGCAAACUUCCUGCAGUUUGUGGACGGGAACUUAAAUGUGGUCUGCAGAAGAAGUUCCAGAGAGUGUUUGAGGGCAUUGCUAAAGCAGGACAGCCAACCCUCCUGAAUGAGAUCUACACAGAGCUGUACAUCACAGAGGGAGGGACUGCAGAGGUCAAUGAUGAACAUGAGGUCAGACAGAUUGAAGUAGCAUCCAGGAAAGCAGACAGAGCAGAAAGAACCAUCUUAGCAGAAGACAUCUUUAAAGACUCAUCUGGAACAGACAAACCAAUCAGAACAGUGAUGACACAGGGAGUGGCUGGCAUCGGGAAAACAGUGUUAACGCAGAAGUUGACUCUGGACUGGGCUGAAGACAAAAGCAACCAGGACAUCCACUUCAUGUUUCCACUGACUUUCAGAGAGCUGAAUGUAGUGAAAGAGACAAUGUUUAGCUUGGUGGAACUUGUUCAUUACUUCUUCAGUGAAAUCAAAGCAGCAGGAAUCUGUAACUUUGAAGACGUCCAGGUUGUGUUGAUCUUUGAUGGUCUGGAUGAGUGUCGCCUUCCUCUGGACUUCCACAACAAUCAGGUCCUGACUGAUGUUAGAGAGUCCACCUCAGUGGAUGUGCUACUGACAAACCUGAUCAGGGGGAAGCUGCUUCCCUCUGCUCGCCUCUGGAUAACCACACGACCUGCAGCAGCCAAUCAGAUCCCUCCUGAUUGUGUGGACAUGGUGACGGAGGUCAGAGGGUUCACUGACCCACAGAAGGAGGAGUACUUCAGGAAGAGAUUCAGAGAUAAGAAAAAGGCCAGCAGCAUCAUCUCCCACAUGAAGAAGUCACGAAGCCUCCACAUCAUGUGCCACAUCCCAGUGUUCUGCUGGAUCACUGCUACAGUUCUGGAGGAGCUGCUGAGAAGCAGAGAGGGAGGAGAUCUGCCCAGAACCCUGACUGAGAUGUUCAUCCACCACCUGGUGGUUCAGGCCAAAGUCAAGAAGGUCAAGUAUGAUGGAGGAGCUGAGACAGAUCCACACUGGAGUCCAGACAGCAGGAGGAUGAUUGAGUCUCUGGGAAAACUGGCUUUUAAUCAGCUGCAGAGAGGAAACCUGAUCUUCUAUGAGUCCGACCUGACAGAGUGUGGCAUCGAUGCGGAAGCAGCCUCAGUGUACUCAGGAGUGUUCACACAGAUCUUUAAAGAGGAGAGAGGGCUGUACCAGGACAAGGUGUUCUGCUUCGUCCAUCUGUGUGUUCAGGAGUUUCUGGCUGCUUUUCAUGUCCAUCAGACCUUCAUCAACUCUGGAAUCAACCUGUUGGAAAAACAACAACAAACAACCUCCAACAAACCUGAUCCAACAGUUUUCUACCAGACAGCUGUGGACGAGGCCUUACAGAGUCCAAACGGACACCUGGACUUGUUCCUGCGCUUCCUCCUGGGUCUUUCACUGCCGACCAAUCAGAAUCUCCUACGAGGCCUGCUGACACAGACAGGAAGUGGCUCACAGACCGAUCAUAAAACAGUGGAGUACAUCAAGGAGAAGAUCAGUGGGAAUCUGUCUGCAGAGAGAAGCAUCAAUCUGUUCCACUGUCUGAAUGAACUGAAGGAUGUUUCUCUAGUGGAGGAGAUCCAACAGUCACUGAGAUCAGGACGUCUGUCCACAGAUAAACUGUCUCCUGCUCAGUGGUCAGCUCUGGGCUUCAUCUUACUGUCAUCAGGAGAACAUCUGGAUGUAUUUGACCUGAAGAAAUACUCUGCUUCAGAGGAGGCUCUUCUGAGGCUGCUGCCAGUGGUCAAAGCCUCCAACAAAGUUGUACUGAGUGGCUGUAAUCUGUCAGAGAGAAGCUGUGGAGCUCUGUCCCCAGUCCUCAGCUCCCAGUCCUCCAGUGUGACAGAGCUGGACCUGAGUAACAACAACCUGCAGGAUUCAGGAGUGGCGAGUCUUUCUGCUGGACUGGAGAGUCCACACUGUAAAGUGGAAGCUCUCAGGCUGUCAGGCUGUCUGGUCACAGAGAAAGGCUGUGCUUCUCUGGCCUCAGCUCUGAGCUUGAAGACCUCAAAUCUGAAAGAGCUUGAUCUGAGCUACAACCAUCCAGGAGACUCAGGAGAGAAGAUGCUGAGCGUUAAAGCGGAGGAUCCACACUGUAGACUGGAAACUCUCAGGGUGACGCCUGCUGGAGUCCGAUGGUUGACACCAGGUCUGAGGAAGUAUUCCUGUCAACUCACAGUCGACACAAACACAAUAAACAGAAAACUCAGACUGUCUGACAACAACAGAAGGGUGGCAUAUGUGGAGAAGGAAGAUCAGUUUUAUCCUGAUCAUCCAGACAGGUUUGACCCGUAUCCUCAGCUGCUGUGUAGAAAUGUUCUGACUGGUCGCUGUUACUGGGAGGUGGAGUGGAGAGGAGUGGCUCUAGUAUCAGUGAGUUACAGAGGAAUCAGAAGGAAAGGAGGCAGUGAUGACUGUCUGUUUGGAUCUAAUGAUCAGUCCUGGAGUCUGCGCUGCUCUGAUGAUGAUGGUUACUCUGCAUGGCACAAUAACAGUAAAACACCCAUCAAGUCCUCCUCAGUCUCUGACAGAGUUUCAGUUUAUGUGGAUGUUGAUGCUGGAACUCUGUCCUUCUACGGAGUCUCCUCUGACUCUCUGAUCCACCUCCACACCUUCAACACCACAUUCACUGAAACUCUCUAUCCUGGAUUCUGGUUCUUCUAUCCUGGUUCCUCAGUGUCUCUGUGCUGAGUCUUGUCUCCAGAGUCUCCUCCUGGUACAGAAACAGUGUUGAACAGAUGGUUGAGUCUCUCCAUGACUCUGUCCCUCACAAACAUGUUUUCACAUUCAUGGAUUAAAUGUGUUUCUUUGUCAAAUCCUUCUAAAUGAUUCCUUGUAAACUUGUUCCUCUUCAAAGAUGAAGUUGUGAUUCUUCCAGGAGCCAAAUGUGGUGUUUGCGUCUUUUUCCAGUCAAAUGUUGAGAGUGAAAAUCAGGAUGUGGUGUUCUUCUGACGCUCACUUGAACUAAAAGCAUUUGAGCUGCACAAAGUGUGAAAUGAGAGAGGAAGCAGUGAAUCUCCAAACUGCUGACAGACUUUCACACAUUAUUGUCCAGUGAAAAUCAGCUUUUUGUGCAGCCACACUUGAUCCUGAUGUGAGUCUUUCAGUCCUGUUCUAGUGAUGAAAUGAGAACUUCCUUCAUCUGUAUCACUCUUUCCAAAGUAUUCUGUGCUCUUCUGUCAUUUGUGUCUUAUUGAUAGAUCCAGUUUUCAUUUUUACAAUAAAUAAGUGGUUCAAUAAGUUAUUUUUUUAUAAGAUUCUGAAUUUAUGGUUUCAUCGACAAAUUCUAACAGAUUUUAUUUUUCCAUCAAAGCUCCCAUAACCCUAGCUAUCUCUGGAUAAAAAUGUUUUCAGCCUCGAUAUGAUUCCAGUAGAAUUUAAACCCACCAGGACUAUCCAGAUUACAUUGAACUCUGUUAAUUCAACAUUUUUUUUGCCUGUUUAAUUCUAUAAAUGUUGUGUUUGGCCGUUAAAGGUUUUCCUCACAUUAUGUUGUAUUUUAACCCUUCCAUGGUCUAAAUUCUUUGAACAGAUCUUGUGCUGUAAUCAAUAUCUAACUUGGUUUUUAUUUUCAUUGUGCAGUGGUUGAUUUUUCCUGAACAAGAUCAAAAAUUUUUAACACAUCUUUCUUCAGUUUUAUUUGGUCUAACUGUGAGUUUUAAACUAUUAGAACUUUCAUUUUAUUCAAUAAAUGACUAAUAACACA